UCUCAACGCGCUGCGCUUGUCGCACGCCGUGCACGGGGCACAGCUCGUCGAACGCGUGCGCGCGCGCAUCGGCAGCGGCCAUACAAGCCACCAACGGCGGGGCAGCCCUCCCACGAAUAACCAGCCAUGAGCAACCGGGGCAGCUUUAGCUCCUACACCUCGGCGUCGACAGCAUCGACAAAAACGCCCCAGGGCCCCUGCCAGUUCCGCCGUAAUAGAUCCAAGUCCUUCGAUAAUGAAUUGGAAGAGUUCCCGCCGGCGUGGGCGCGAGCGAAGUGGCCCGGGAAACACCCUCGACCACUUAAGCCGUACCUGCCCGGCUUCCUGCGAGGCGAGAUCAUCCGCCACGUCCAGGAGGUCGAUCUAGGAGAGUUCUAUUUACAAAAAUCAAGAAGGAAGCGUUCUACGCAACCCAUCCGGAUGCUUAGUGAGUGUCGAGCCUACUACAGCCAAGAGUACAGAUUGAACAUGCUGCGGCAAGCGCUAAGGAAGGCCAUGAGCGACAUGGACAUGGGCGUGACGCAGUACUGGGCGCUCAUCGACGCCGACGGGAGCGGCUUCCUGGACCGCGAAGAAUUUGAGGGCGUCAUGGCUCUGUCUGGCGUCCUCUCGUCGCAGAUGGAGAUCGACACGUGCAUCGAGCAGUUCAACGUCGGGCCGGAGGAGAUCACGCAAGAUGUCUACUAUGACUGGUUGUUGUCGACGGACACGGCGUGGAUGAAUCAACCGAGGAGAAGGUCGCAAGGCGAUGACCACAGAGAUGUCUUACUGCUGCAGCGGGAGGCGGCGCGGUUCGACCCCGACGUCUUAGAGGCGUUGCAGGCGCUGUGGAUUCUGGUAGAUGCCGACGGAAGCGGUGCUGUGGAUAAAGAUGAGUACCUAGCAUUGCACUAUCAUUUGUAUCAGGCCAUGCAUCCUCAAGAAUUGCUGAAUCUAUCCACUCGCAAGCGGAAGAAGGCCGAGGCCAAGGCCCUCAAAAUGGCGGAAGGCGAGUGGGAGUUCGACAGCCAAGGCCGCGCCGAGAUGAACCGCGACAGAUUCAAGCUGUCGAUGUUUCAGCUCGUGGAUGCGUUGAUCCCGCAGGACGAGGACUUCGGGCCGCCCCGUAGAGCGUUGGAUAGCGAGGAAUACCUGAGGAUGCUCCAGUGGCUGGUCGAUCGGUUGUGUGUCUUGGACGAUCAACAGGGUGAGGAUGAAAGUGUGAUGCCUCAGUUCCGGUGGGACCAUGCUGAAAGUGAUUGGCUGGAGCAGUUGCCUCCACCACUAUUCUCAGAUGAAAAAGAGGCGAAGCCGCGCUUGCUCGAAGGCGACCGCAUCAUCGCCAGACUCCUAACUUUACACGAGGACGACGAGCCCGAAGAAGUGAAGCGUAGGAGGCGUCGUCGUCGCAAGAAAUUAUUAGGAGAGCCCCUGUCUGACGACGAGGUAGAAUUCGUCGAAGGCAAGGUCCCCUACCACCUCCAGCAGAAACGCUCCCGUAUUAGGAGUACCGACCUCAAUGACAAGCUGGCCCAGUGGGAGGCUAGUCAAAGGGAAGCGAAGGCCAAGGCGAAGGGUGACAAGAUACGAGAGCGUACGGCGCGGGCGAAGCAACGCCGCAAGUCCAUGGACUCCGCGAGGACCGUUUCGUUUGACGAGAGCAUGUCCACGACCUCGUCCAAGAAGGUCUACCUCAAGAAGUACAAGCGGCCUUCGGCCUCGUCUGUUGAUCAUUUGAAGGGUUUUGUGAAGGGCUCGGUGACGGGGAAGAGUAGCGGCUAUGGCAAAGAUACGUGGGAACCGUCCGUCGGCGACGAGCUCGAAGGUCUGUCGUCACUCACGUGGCACUCGUGUACCGUGGAGGCCAUCGCCGGGAUGGCGUACCUGUGCUAUUUCCCCCACUCCGACUGUCGAGAAUAUUUGCCGUUGGAGCAUUUACGGCGGAAGAUGAGAUCCACAAAACGCACCGUCAUCCGACGGAAGCUGCCGCCCCAGAAGAAACAAGAGGGCGAACCGAGGUAUCAAGUGGAUAUGGCGUACACGCAGUACGACCGUUCGUUAUAUUGCCACAACCGGGUGCUUGGGUAUCUGUAUGCCAUGGGUCCCGAGAAGAGUCACACUACCUCGCAGAUAGAUGCACCUGCACCUCGGUCGACGCGGUGGAGCUGGGAGGCGGAAUUGUUGAGAAUGCCCGACGCGCCGUCGUUCACGCAGACGGCGCCGGCGCGGCCCGGGACGUGCGCGGAGCGCCGGGCCGACUUCGCGGCGACGCGCGCGGGUUUGGAUGCGUUGGAUCGGACGGGGCACAUCGGCCGGGACUCGUACGUGAGGCCGCGCACGGCCGGCGGUCGCAUGGAGCUGGGGCCGCGGCGGCUGCCCCCAAACCUGGAUGCGGACGUCACGGGCACGCGGCCGCCGUCGCGCAGCACGUUCCUCGAGCGGCCGCCGACGCGCAACACGCCGGCGCGCGAGGCCGUGCUUGCCGAAUUCCGGCGGCGGGCGAAGGAGGCGCGGGACGCGGCGGCGAAGGCGUAAGGGUUGGUAUUAUUUCUCUUGAUUGGCGUUGAG